AUGAAUCGUAUCGUCAUUUGUUCAUUUUUACUUCUUGCACUUCUGAGCAUCUCCACGGAGGCUUCGGUGGCUCAACAGCUAGUGAAAGAAAACGAAAAAGUCGAAAUCGGCGUCUUCAAAGGAGCAAAAGCAAUUAAGAGAAAAGUAGCUGCUGGAGAGCAGAUCUUCCAUUUUGAAGGCGAAUUCAAAGGAUUAUUUGUGGAUGAGAACGGGAAAACUAUGGAUUCAUCCAACUACGAAGACAAUAAUGGAGUCUUAAUAAUCAAGAAAUUCACCAAGGCUGAUGUCGGAUCCUACGCCGAGCAUCCACCGAAAAUCAUCAAAACUAAAACCGAUCAUGGAUUCUCCGCGGUGCCGGGACCAGUUCUGGAGCUUUCUCUUUCUUAA